AUGCCUGCUGCUGAGAACCUCUUGAACGGACUUGAAGAUCAACUCUUUGGAGAGCUGACUGUCGCUAAAAUUUGGGGUGUCGCUGCUAGUAAACUCCAGGACCAAAACCCUCCAACUGAAUUCCCUGAGCAUUCGUAUGGAAAGUACCAGUAUAAUCCCAUAGACUACUGGACCUCAGGGUUUUUUCCUGGGUCUGUCUGGGCUCUCGUGGAGAGAAGCAUAAAGUAUCCCAAACACUUUCCACUGGACAAGUUGAACCCAGUGAAAUUGCAAUAUGCUGCGAGAUGGUGGGCUACUAAUCUUCCAGGUCAGGCUACAAGGACCAACACCCACGAUUUGGGGUUUGUAUUUUGUCCUUCCUUCAUCAGAGAAUAUGAGCUUUUCGGUACCCAAGAGAGUUUGGAUGUUUUGGUCACCGCAGCCAAUUCUUUGGCUACCAGGUUUGAUGAGAAAAUCGGUUGCAUGAGAAGCUGGGACGAAUCCCACAACAAGGAGAUACAUUUUACUGACAAGAAGAAGGACUUCUUGGUCAUCAUCGACAACAUGUGCAACUUGGACUUGUUGUACUAUGUGGCUGCAAAAACUGGAGACUUGAGACUCUCUACCAUUGCCACCAAGCAUGCAGAAACAACCUUGAAAAAUCACUUCAGGUACCCUGAGUGGUCUUGUUACCACGUUGUUAAUUACGACCAAGAAACAGGCGAGCCAAAGGCAAAAUUCACCCAUCAGGGCUAUGAAGAUGAAUCGGCAUGGUCAAGAGGCCUCUCUUGGGCAGUUUUAGGGUUUGCUGAGGCAUAUGGCUGGACCAAGAAGCAACAAUUCCUCGAGGCAGCUAUUAACUCUGCUGAGUAUUUUUUCAGCAGGCUAUCGGAAGAUGGAGUUCCUGCUUGGGACUUUGAUGCCCCUAGCAAUAACAUCAAGGAUGUUUCUGCAGCGAUGGCAACUGCACUCGGUCUACUCAAGAUAUACGAGCACACCAAGGACAACAAGUUCUUGGAGAAGGGUGUCAAAUUGGUUUCUGAUACCCUCAAAUUCACAUACAAUGGGGAGUCCAGGUUUACUACCGAUGGUUCCGUUGAAAGUGAGAAAGAUACUCUUUUAGAUCACUCCACAAUGAAUAAUAAUGAGCAUGCAAUCAGGAGACACGCAGAUCAUGGCUUGGUAUAUGCGGAUUACUACUUUUUGGCUGUGGGAAACAAACUUUUGGAGUUGGGAGUUAUAAUUUAG